GAUCAAUCCAUCUACCACGAACGCGCUCAAUGCUGUCACGGUGCUGUGUUCGUAACUGCAGACCGAGGCAACCAUGGCCAUCCCGACCGUCAAGUCGCCCGCUGGAAACACCGAGCCCAAGUCGUUGCAUGUGGCCGAUAGCAACGUCCAGCCCUUUCUCCAGCCCGACUUUGACCCAGUCGACUACCUGAAUAGCACACUCCCGCCCCUCUCGCUGUCUUCCACGGCACAACGAGCCGGUAGAGCAGUCGCGUUGCCCGAACUCUCCUCGCAGCUCCAGACACUCCUGGCACAAUGGAACGCACAGACGACGCGUCUGUCGAACACCUUGACCCAGCUCACCGAUGAGAUCAUUCGGAGUGGCAGCAGGUUGGCUUAUGAAGUGGAAGUGUUGCGGGGAGAGACACUCGGGUUGACCGAUACCUUCGAGACUGGAUUGAAGAAAGAACUUGAACUUUUCGUGCCGGGCAAGUCGGCAGAAGAUGAGCAGAUCACUCCACUUGGAGCAAACGAGCAGGAGACGGGCAACAUAGAAGCACGAAAGGAUGCAGGAGAGGCCCCAGACAAGUCUAUAGAACCCGAAUUUCUCGAGAAGUUACGUCAGUUGACCACUGUCCGCGAGCGCCUCGAUGCCGUCGUCAAGACCUUUGGUUCAGCUAUGCAAUGGCCAUUGGCGCCUUCAGAAACCUCUUUGACCUCGUCCUUGAUAUCAGUCUCGGGCCCAGAGAGCAGCGAUGAUACCAGAACACGCGAAGAGAAGGGCAAAGAGUAUGCCGAGAAGCUACGAAACGAAAUCAACGACUUGCUGGCAAUCGGAGCGGAGGGUCUCGAUGCGGCUAAUGCGCGAGUCGAGGAAAUGCGAGGGCUUGCCGAGAUAUUCAAGGGCACGGCUGAAGAGAAGGCCCGACUUCACUUUGUCGAGUCCUUGCAGAAGACUGUGGAUGACAAGCGGAAGGCGCUGGGUAGAACAACUGCAACGAACAACAAGACUGUUCCCGCGACUGCACGAGGUUACGACCUUCGAUAUGGCCAAGCGCCAAGCGAAGGUGGAUCUGGAUAUGGCUUCUUACAGAAUUUGAGAAAUCUGAAGAACGAGGUGUACAUGGACUGAGCGACAGAUUACGCCCUGCAUUUUUACAGCUUUCGGUAGCUGCUCCGUGUUCAGACGGAGAACAGUACAAAAUUGAACAUCCGCAGUCAGGGCACAGAGAGCAACAUAAAUCGAGCGGCGAAACACUUGCAUUUCGAACAGAGAGGAGAGAACCUACAUAUGUGCCCGGCCGGCAAGCACCUACAACUUCGCCUCGUC